GCGUCUUUUUACCUUUUUUUUAAAGGUUGUGUAAUAAAUCGAUUAAAUAAUUAGCCAGUUGGGUUGACUAUUAGUUUCCCGUCUCAUUUCGUAUGAAAAGUUGCAAACCCAUGUGGAAUUGUAUAAACGUAGAAGUAGUUUCGCCGAAGCAGGAGUUGGUAUGAAAUGGACCUUUCUUUGUGUGAAAAGUAGCAAACCCAUGCGAAACCGUAUGUACAUACAACGCGUACAUAUGUACAUUAGUACGUGUAUAUAUGCAUGUGUGUACAUACAUACUUAAUGCGGUAUCCAAUAAUGUGGUGUCCAAAAUGUGGUGUCUAAAAAUAUUGUCUCCAAAAAUGCGGUGUCCAAUAAUGCAGUGUCUAAUAAUUACGUAUCCCAUUUACUUAUAUGUAUAUUAUAUGUAACACAUGAUUAUUCUCUUUUACUGAAAUAAGGCCGACAAAAAUAACAAAAGCGUAUUUCUUGGCGGCGGCGUAUUGUUCGACAUUUGGCGGUACUGGAACAUUGGUAGGAACUGGCACAAAUCUGACUUUUAAAGGGAUCUACGAAAAUAUAUUUCCCGAGGCUGAAGGAAUUAGUUUUACUGAUUGGAUGAUAGCAUCUUUUCCUCAGAUGGUCGUUAAUUCCUUUCUCACCUGGUUGUACGUACGAAUUGCUUAUAUGGGAUAUCUGAGACCAUAUAGUAAAGAUGCUCAAGUAGCCACAAUCGGAAGAGAAGGUGAAGCCGUCACAAAUCAAGUUAUACAGCAGAGAUACAAGAAUUUGGGUCCUUUAACUUUCCACGAGAUCGGAGUAGCCACUUUAUUCUUCCUGUGUGUGUUUCUUUGGAUAUUUCGCAAACCCGGCUUUAUCCGUGGAUGGUCAGAAGUAAUUACUGACAUAGAUGUCAGAGAUUCAGUACCAGUGAUACUUGUCUCCAUCCUGAUGUUUUUCAUCCCAAAGGAUCCUAGCUUCAUUUACAGUUACAGUCAAAAUCGUAAGAAAUCGCAGAAAUUCUAUUAA